AUGGCUGAGCAACUCGAUAUCUAUGAAUUCUUCGCCCUGACCACUAUCAUCCUUUGGGACACCGGAUUAGUAGAUAUCUCGGAUGAAUGUAUACGGACUGGAAAACGGGUCAAGGAUCAAGCCAUGGCCGAACUCAUUUUCUAUAUGAAAGACCACAAAAAAAUCGAGGAACCUGGAAUUCGAAUUGCAUCAAUUGUGAACUUCCUGCCCGCAGUGUAUAAGAGUGCUAGAAGGAUUCAAGAUGAUGUGGAAGUGACACGAGUAUUCAAUAUCUAUACAGCGACCAAAGAAUUUUGCGAUUUGAUUAGUGGGAAUUUUUGUUAA